GAUCAGCAUCUUGAGUAACAAGGUCAACAACAUUAAAUGUAGAAGAAGAACGAAAUUUCAAUAGAUUAUUAAAUAAGCAGGGUGCUGUGAUGUGAUUCCGGAGAAAAACUGUAACAUGCAGACAACAAACAAGCGGUCCAAUAAAAUGUUUUUGCCAACCUAACACACACCAUUUGCACCAUCAAACCCUGACAACUUGUAUAGACAUGUAAAACACACAGGGGACACAAUGUCGGGUACAACAAAUUGCUAUAACGAAACACCGCCGAGUUUCUCUGGCAACAGCCAUGUGCCGGACACUUUGAACACCAUGAACUUUAAGAACUUGGAGCUGAACGGUGAAGCCAAGCACAGUGAUAGUUUUCUGCCAAAUAAUAAUGUUUGUGACAAUAUCGUGUCGUCGGUGUGCGCGAAAGAGGACGUAUGUGCGGGCGGCAGUGACAUGAGGACUGAUUUUUAUGCUGGGGACAGUUCUGAAAUGGACAUUGGGAAGGAGAGUGACAACUGUUCAGCCAAUCCAUCAGAGGACACGAAUUCGUUGAACGAUGGCGGCAGCACGACGGACUCGCAGCCGAGCAACGCGACCGACCCCCAUCCCUUCGACCCCUACAAGAUGGAGGACGAUGAUCUGGACGACGAUACGGACGACAAACGAGACGUCGAAUCGCCGGCCGACGUUGUCCUGCCGCCUCACAACAAUGGCGCCGUGCGCCGCAACGCCGCCAAACGUAGCGGCCGACCGAGCGGCCCCGGUCGGGGACGGCCCAAAAAGGGACACGUCGCCAUGUACCAGAGCCAGAUCAGCGGCGACAAGAACGCCAUCAAGAUCCGCAUCAAGAAGAGCGGGUUCACAUCACAGGUACAGAUUCCGCAGACGAAGAAGAAGAGUGGCCGUCGGAAAAAGCACAAGCCCAACUCGGACACGGACACAUCGGACUACGAGCGGAGCCGAGGCGCGAAACGUAGCCGAAACAACGUCGCGACGCCGAUGGUUGGCGACAACGACGUUUCGAGCACGCAGCAGGACGUCGCGGACGCCGACCGGGAGCAGAGCCCCUGGGCGGAUCGGAUGCCGCGCGCCCUUCUCGAACGGAUAUUCCAGUUCGCCUGCAUGCAGGACGGGUGUCUGCCCACGCUCGUUAGGUUAAGUAAAGUUAGUAGACUGUGGCGGGAUGUAUCUCAAACACCGGUAUUGUGGAAAAAGGCAGAUUUAAAUUAUGUGAGAGAAAAGGAUAGGACUGAUUUAAGGCUACAUUGGCUGAUUUUGAACCGUUUGUCUCAAUGUCAGGAUCUGAAUUUUGGGGAGUGGAAAGUGCGUGAUAUACAGGCCGUUCUUGAAGCAUUAUCUGAACACUGUCCGAAAUUAAAAGGUUUGAACUUGAGCGGAUGGAAAGGAUUAAACGCCGACAAUCUGAAGUAUAUUACUACCGAGUGUAAAAAUUUAGAAAGGCUGGAUCUUUCGUCUAUUAACUCAACGUCUGCUAUAAAUGCCGUUCCUUUGGUAGCUCUCAGUCAAGCGAUGAACAACCGUUUGACGCACUUAGUCCUUGCUCACAAUAAAAUAGCAGGCUUCACACAAAUUAUUUCGUCAAUUGCAGAUCACUGUCCGAAUUUGCAGCUCCUAGAUAUUUCCAAUAUACGUACGUUUGCUCACAAUACAGCCCUGUUACACGUGGAAAAACUGCAAAUCGGCUGUCCGAAGUUGAGGGUGCUGCGCAUCACCAACAGUCAAAUAUGGUUGGCGCCUGCCAGUCUGCCACAGCAGAUGGCAUCACCCGGUUUCCCGAUGUUGGAGGAACUGUCGUUGGCCGGCAGCGAGGACAAGAUAACCACGUCACGUUCGAUGGACGACGACGGCAUUGAAAGGCUGUUAAAGAAUAGUACAAAGCUGCGACUGCUCGAUGUCAGGGGCUGCAGCAAGUUAACCGAUUCCGGACUAGUUCGUGUACCUGCGUGGGAUCUGGAACAUCUAUUCCUAAGUGCUUGUUACAUAACCAGACUGCAAAAUUCUGGUUUAGAAUUAAUAAUCCAGAAGUGGAGCCACAGUUUGUUAGAGGUCGAUCUGGCCUGGUCCACUGCCACUAAAUCGCUGGACGCAGCAGUAAUGGCCUUAGCCGAAAAGGGUCCAGAAUCUAAAUUAAGAAUUAUUAACCUGUGCGGAUCGUCGGUGAGCCUGGAGCCGGUAAAGGCGAUCCUGACCAAAUGUCCUAACUUGCAUUCCAUAAAUCUGCAGUCGUGCAGGGCUCUGCCACGCGGCAUAAAGCGCCUUUACACAGGCAGUGCAGUCGCCGACCUGCGUGACAGUCUGCUUGAUAAACCCAAGGAGGACGUCGCCCAAACCGACAUAGGAACGCCGCCUGGCGGCGAUUCCCCUCUUCAAUUGCCCAACCAGACGCAGCCUGAGUGAACGCAACUUUGUUGCUAGGGUGUAGGUUGCAUGUUCGGCGGAGUGAAAUGCGUUCAGGUGUUUUGAUAGGUUUUAUGUAUUUUGACGAACAUGCCUUAUAGUAGCAAAUAAGUACACUCAUGCAAUAAGUUUAUUUUAAAAUUCUGCAAGCUUGUUUUGUAACUUCUUAUGAGUGGUUAAUAUAACCAAAUGUCUACCUUAAAUAUUUGAUGUGUAAAAAAUGCGCUGUGAAUAUUAUAUCAUUAUAUCAAAUUAUUAAAAGUCUUUCAAUACAAACAUUUAUUUGUUUGAUAUUAUUAUUUAUUGUCAGUUUAUUGUAGACCCACUAUGGUAUUAAUUGUUAAAAAGGUGUUGUAUUGUUGUAAAAUGUAUAAUGUUAACACCAAUUUCAUUCAAAACACCGAAACGCAAAUAUUCGCUCCGCCGACAAAAUACUCGUAAAAUGUUGUUAUUUUGUAAAGAUAAAAUCGAAUAAGUUGAUGAAUCUAUGCAAAAAAGCUUUGUAACUAUAGUAUUACGAAAUUGCUAUAUUUUUUCAUUGUGAUAGAAUUUGUUAUUGAACAGACUAUGACGCAAUUAUUAUCAAAACAUAUGAGUUUGUUUUAUUGUUUGAUGUUCUAAGUGAAUCAAUCAAAUAUAUGUGAGUUAUGAGUAUUGUCACUCAUAUCUACCACAGUCUUUAACAACAUUUUAUGUGAAUGUUUUUUUCUACUAUGUUAUUCUGUACACAGGAUGUUCGUUAAUGUCGAAUAUUGUGUGGUUCUUAUGCGGAUUUGGAAGUUUUUUAAUAAAAAUAAAUGUGUUUGACUUUAAUGAACAUCAUGUGAAUUGUGUCACAUAAUAUUACUUAGAAGAAUUUUGAUACCGUUAAAGUUUUUUAGAGUUUGUGCCUAAAACUUCCUGAUAUGGCGUAUUUUAAGUGAAGCUUUUUUACUUUAAAAAUUGUAUUUAUUCUGUUUUAGAUUAUGUUAUAAUUUUAUAUAUAAAGUUUAUAUUAAUAUUUUUUUAUCUAUGAAAUUAAAUCACUAGCAAAAUUAUUAUAUGAACGUUAUGAUUUUUUUAGAAAAAAUGAGGAAAUAUUGUACAGUACCUGUCUUUAUAAGAAAUAAUGGUGUGACACCAAUAAAUAUAAUAUAAAUUAAAUUUAUUGCGAUGUAAGUGAAGAAUCUCUUGUAUAUUUUUAAAAGUAAUAUUUUAGAAAUGCGAUUAAUGCACUGUUUUAUUAAUAAGCAAACUGUAAGAUAAUAAAAUUUAUUAUUUUGCACAGAAAAACGUUUUCAAAGAAAAUCAAACUGCCUUGUUAAAACUUUGAUAUCCAAAACUGACCAAUCACUUAAUGUAUCUUCGCAAAUGUUGUUAUCAAUUUCAAUGUUACAAUAAGAUCUCCUGAAAAUAAAUUAAAUUAAAAUGCAUUGUAAACAUUUUAUUAUUAUGGACGCAAUUAUUAAAAUAUUUAAAAUUAACGAUAAUUAAAGUUGUAAUGGUACAUCAUUUGUCAGUUAUGAAUAUUAUUUGAAAAGUGCUAAUAUAGUUAAAUAUUGUUAUAAUUAAAAUUUUAGGGCAGUAUGACUUUCAUAAAUUUUAUUAUAUUGAAAACUUAGAAGUUUGUAGUAUGUGUGUAAAUGUGUAGAAAUUUUCUGUUGUAUAUUCAGUCAAGUCUUAAUAUUUAUCAGUGUUUUCUAACAAAGGAAAUUAUAUUAUUUUAUACAACUCUGCACUUUAAUAUAAUAUGUACUAAAAUUAUGUAUAUUAUUUAUAUAAAUAUAUAAAUAGGUUGAA